AUUCCUCCUUGUUCUUGUGGGUCUACGAAAAUUUUAGAGGCACAUAGAGAUAGAGAUAGAACCAUGCAAUUUUUAAUGGGUUUGAAUGAGACUUAUUCAGCUGUGCGUGGCCAAAUCCUUCUCAUGGAUCCUAUUCCUGUUGUAAAGAAAGCUUUCUCCCUAGUCUUUCAAGAAGAAAGGCAACGUGGUAUUGUGAGCCCACGACCCACACAUGAUUCUGCUGCCUUAUCUGUUAAAGGGAAUAACAAUCCAGGACAUACCAAAGAAAAAUGCUACAAGUUACAUGGUUUUCCUCUGGGUCAUAAGCUGUACAAGGAACGACCAACCACUGCUCCUGCAAAUCAAGCCUCUGGAAAUCAAGCCACUGCAAAUCAAGUCUCUGCAGCCCUUCCAACAAAUAACUUGCAGACUUUCCCUUUCACAUCAGAACAGUGCCAACAAAUUUUAGCACUAAUUAAUUCUCAGCCAAUGUCCCUGCUCGACCAGUCCUUGAAGAAGAUGAUUGGAGCGGGUAGAUUACAUGAAGGCCUUUAUCUUUUCGAGUCACCAACCAUUGUACUCAAAUCACCACCAGUUGUCGCUUCUUCUAUUUACAGUUUAUGGCACCAUCGUUUGGGACAUCCUAGCCAUAGUCGUCUUCAGCUACUUUCUAAAUACAUUCCUACUUUAAAUUUUAAUGCUCAACGUGAAUUAUGUGAGACUUGUUCGCUUGCAAAGCAAACUCGUUUACCUUUUCCUUUAAGCAUAAAAACUUCUGUUUCACCUUUUGAUCUAAUACAUUGUGACAUUUGGGGAAAAUAUCAUCAUGUUUCUUUAUCAGGGGCCCAUUAUUUUCUAACCAUUGUGGAUGAUUAUACUAGAUGCACUUGGAUUUUUCUUAUGCAGUACCAGCUGCAAUGA